AAUUAAUAUUUUAGGGAUGCAGCCAAUGGUCAGCCCAUUUGACAACGACUUUUUCAAUGGUCUUUGUGAAAGGGUGCGUGAUGGAAACACACGGACAUAUUACCGCAAGCCAUGGAAUGUGGGUGUCCUCACUUAUGAUACAAAAGCAGACAAAUCAUUCACAUCUGUGUUCUACCAUGACCGUGUAAAAAUGUUACGAGAGGUUUACAUAGAAAAACAAAAGCACUUUAAUGUUGGCCUCUCUCUGAAGUACACACCUACUGAAGGAAGUAACAAAAAUGGUUCAGAAGGAAAUUUCAAGUAUUACUAUAGCAAGAAUUUAAGUUUAAGUUCGAUCCUGAAAAGCUCCACGGAAAGGAACCAAACCUUCCUGCAUAUAAAAGGAAAGAUUCAGCUGGGAAGAUUCCAAAUGCGGAGUCGUGAUGUCCACCUCACAGAUAGUUUCCUUGAUGAUCUAAACUUUCUGCCUGCUGAAUAUGAUAAGGGGGAAUAUUUCAAAUUCCUAGAAGAUUAUGGAACUCACUAUGCGGUCUCUGGAACCGUAGGAGGAAAAUAUGAACUUGUGUAUGUGCUGGAUAAUUACGCUAUGUCUCGAAUAGGUAUCACUGUAGAAGAUGUGAAAAAAUGCCUUGGCUAUAACUUAGAUGCCACGAUUGCAUAUGAAAACUUACAGGCCAGUGUUAAUAUUGGCGGUGGUAAAUGUGAAAAGAUUACUGUGAAGGACAACUCAGAAUUUAAGGAUGAUGCUGUCAUUGAUGAUGUCAUUUCCUUAGUUGAUGGAGGGAAGAUUGACUUUUCAGUUAAAAUAAAAGAAAUGUUACUACGAGGAUCCAGCAUGGUUGAUGUAGAGGAUUACAUACAGUGGGCUAAGUCUUUGGUUGAUGCUCCAGUAGUGAUACAGCAGCGUCCGUCUCCGAUAUAUACACUUGUUCCAGUUAAGAUGAGAAAUGCAUAUUUAAAGAAACAAAAUUUGGAAAGAGCAAUUGAAGACUACAUUACUGAAUACAGUGUAUGCAAAUGUGAACCGUGCAAAAAUGGAGGCACCCUUGUGCUGGUAGAUGGAGCCUGUACGUGCAUGUGCUCAAGCUACUUUAAGGGAAUAGCUUGCCAGAUUCCCAAAUCCACAUUAAUUAAAGUUGCCACCGACGGAGGCUGGAGCUGUUGGAGUGCCUGGUCCACCUGCAUCAAUGGAAUAAGCACUCGAACUCGUCAGUGCAACAAUCCUACACCAGAAUCUGAUGGCAGACCAUGCCAGGGAGAAAGCACUGAAAAACGCCCCUGUGGAGAAGCAAAAUAG